CAAUCAAAAUUUUGAUGGACUCAUUUUGUUAUGAUGAUGGGCACAGUGGAAAACACAUUGGGAGUUGUGAUGGAUUUAUGAAGUUCACGGGUUGUUUCUCUCGUGAACAUGAAGAUCCAACAAUCUAAGUAUAUCUGAUGAAGUGACAAUUCCAAGGAAUCUGCAGUGGGUUUUUGUCAUUUUCCGUGUUUGUUUCCAUCAUUCUUCAUUCUUCAUCUCCGGGCAGCCCUUAUUUGUUCGCGAUUCUCUCUCUCUCUCUCUAUCUUUUGCCGCCGCCACCACCAAAGUGUAGAGUAGGUAUUAUUAUUAAUUGAAGAACAUGGAGAGCAUUACCAAUGUGAAGGAAUAUGAAGUGAUUGCUAAGGAGAAAUUGCCCAAAAUGAUUUAUGAUUAUUAUGCCUCUGGGGCAGAGGACCAGUGGACUCUCAAGGAGAAUCGAGAUGCGUUUUCUAGGAUUCUAUUUCGACCAAGGAUUCUUAUUGAUGUGAGUAAAAUUGAUACGAGCACAACUGUGUUGGGAUUCAAGAUUUCAAUGCCCAUAAUGGUGGCUCCCACAGCUAUGCAAAAAAUGGCUCAUCCUCAAGGAGAAUAUGCGACUGCAAGAGCAGCUUCAUCUGCUGGCACGAUAAUGACUCUGUCUUCAUGGUCUACUUCCAGUAUUGAAGAAGUUGCUUCCACAGGACCUGGAAUUCGAUUCUUCCAGCUGUAUGUGUACAAAGACAGGAAUAUCGUUGUGCAGCUACUGAAAAGAGCUGAAAGAGCUGGCUUCAAGGCAGUUGUCCUAACGGUGGAUACACCAAUUCUUGGGCGAAGGGAAGCCGAUAUUAAGAAUAGGUUUAUUUUGCCGCCUCACUUGACACUGAAGAAUUUUGAGGAAUUGGACCUCGGGAAAAUAGAUAAGACUAAUGACUCUGGACUUGCUUCAUACGUUGCUAGCCAAGUUGACCGAUCUCUUAGCUGGAAGGACGUGAAAUGGCUUCAGACAGUAACCACACUACCAAUUCUCGUGAAGGGCGUGUUAACUGCAGAGGAUGCAAGGAUAGCAGUGCAGAACGGGGUAGCAGGAAUUAUUGUAUCAAACCAUGGAGCUCGGCAACUAGAUUACUCUCCCGCUACUAUUAUGGCCUUGGAAGAGGUGGUUAAAGCUGCCCAAGGCAGAGUUCCCGUUUUCUUGGAUGGAGGGGUUCGACGAGGAACUGAUGUCUUCAAAGCGCUAGCCCUCGGAGCAUCUGGCAUAUUUAUCGGAAGGCCGGUAGUGUUUUCGUUGGCGGUUGAUGGGGAGGGUGGAGUUAGAAAGGUUUUGCAGAUGCUUCAUGACGAGUUUGAGCUAACGAUGGCUUUGAGCGGGUGUCGAUCCAUCCAAGAAAUUACUCGCAAUCACAUCGUAGCUCCAUGGGAUGCACCUCAUGUUGUUCCUAGGUUGUAACAACUUGGAAACCAUAACAAUGGCGCCCAAACCCAAACGUUAGUUGUACUUUCUAAGUCAGGUCUUCCUUCUUAAGUUCUUCUACAUGCCAAUAAUUUUCUUAUUAGUCCAGAUAAUGUUUGUAGACUGUGUCUAGGCGUUUGAGACUAUAUUUAAUUUGGUAUCAAAACGUACAAUCAAAAGGUUCUAAGGGUGUGGAAAUUUGGUGAAAAAUUGGUUGAGUCAAAUAAAUUAAUUUGGUUAA